UCUACCCUAAAGCCUUGCGUUUGAACAAAACCCGCGUGUGGCAUAAGUUGAGCCAGCCCAAAUGCUAUGUAUUCUCUCGAGUCCAAAGGGGAAGGCAAAUUAAAGAAACAAAACCUUAUCUCCAGGCAGUGGUAACAAAGGGAAAGUACAGGGAGCACUGAGCAAAAGCAAAGAGAGAAAUGGAUGGAGUGACGCAAGUAGUUUUUCCAGUGCUGGGAAUCGUUGCAGCAGCAGCUGUUACCUUUUAUGCCGUUAGCUUUGCUGAGAUGAGAGAGAAAUCGUUUAGAGAGUUAGAAGAUUCAGAGAAUGAAGAUGGAGGAUUUGAUUCUUCUCGAAGCUCCAGGAAAAGGCGUGCAAGAAGAAAAGCAGAGAAAGAUGCCAAAAGUUGACUCUAUCGAUCUCUAUUUGCAAUAACUUACGGAAUAAAAUGGCCUUUUUUGCAUCAAAACAGAUAACCGUACAUAGCCUAUAUUAUCCGCUGACAACCGUAGUUUUAUUUACUUCUACAUUAUCAGAGAAGAAGGCCAAUCAUUCAGCACAUACACUAGAUGAAAUGCUUGGCUCUAGUGUAACCCCUGACAAAUUUUGUCUCAUUAUCUAGUAAGGCUCAUCUGUGGGCAUGCAGUUAAUGUUCAUGCAAAUCUGUUGGCCACAGCCAUGAAUGACCAAAUUGCUGAUUUUGUUAA